AUGACACGUCUUUUCAUUCAGGCUGAUCAGCCAGUAAUAGCAUCACCGGAAUAUAAUUCUCAAGUAAUACUAGAUUAUGAAAAUACUACAGCCGGUACUAAUAAUCCAGAAGCACUACAUUUUACAUUUCGUUUCAAUACUGUUUUUAAGAACCGUUCGGAAAAUAUAAUAUGUCAAUGUAGUGUUGAUCCCAAUUGUCAAGGACCAAUCACUUUCGCAGUUGUGAAUACAGCUGGUAUUUUACGAUUACCUGGUGUUCAUCCACCAUAUAUUCCUAGUCCUUAUGUGGCACCUGGAUUGGUUGAUGCAUGUUAUACUAUUGAUUUCCUUCUUCUAUCAACACUUCAAUGUUUUUAUACCGAUUCCGAUUGUAUGAACCAACUUUUCCAUUAUAUGAACAAAACGUCAUCUGCAAAUUAUUCAAAUUUAUAUGCACAUCCAUUAAUAUACAACCAAACAUCAACUCGUUUUCCUCCAAAUACUUUAGUUUCAUCGAUAGUUGAAGAAAUGAUGAUUGAACAAUGGAAUACAUCAUUGUCAUUUUCGGAUUAUUAUGAAGCAUGUGCACCAACAUAUUGUACUUACACUCAAAUAAAACAUGCAGAAACUUUCAGCGAACUAUUGGUGACAUUGAUAUCUACGGUCGGUGGGCUUGUUAUGGCAUUACGACUAAUUACAUUCCAGUUCGUUAAGAUUAUUUUUGGUUUAUUUCAAAAAAAACCGAAGAAACAACAACAAGGUAAUCAAUAA